CUCUGACUCAAAGGACGCACAUCAAUCACCGGAUUUGAGGGCACUUUCAUUGGUCUAAGGUCCGUAUACCCCAAGAUAUCAAACACCGUGUUAUCCUUGCGAGCUUGCGAUAGCUCUGAUGAGUCGCCCGGAGUUGUCACAGCGCUCCGUGUGGGGAGUCCAUGCACUUUGCUUUUAACCGCGACUACCCGCCGGGUUUUCUUCCCCUUGACUGUCAUCCAAAACAUUCUUCCUUUGGCCCUGGGCUUUGACUGACAAAGAUACCCGAAAUUCAUAGAAGCCAUGAAAUCGCUCCAUCAAUUAGCUCGCCAGCGAGCGCUACCUAGCCUCGUUGCUCCACGUUUCCAGAACCCUCGCGCAAACCAGCUAUGGCAACGAAGCUUCAGUGCUACUCCAGCUGCUUUGGAAGGCGCUCGCCUGGACCCGUCGAAGCUUACCAUCACAAAAACGAGCACGCCAAAGGAGUUGCUACCGUCAAAGGACCUUGUCUUCGGCAAGACAUUUACUGACCACAUGUUUACUGUCGAAUGGACUGCAAAAGAUGGCUGGCUUACCCCCCAGAUCGUCCCCUAUCAAAAACUCCAGCUGGAUCCCUCGGCUUGUGUACUCCACUAUGCGUUCGAAUGUUUUGAGGGUAUGAAGGCGUACAAAGAUAGCAAAGGUCAGAUUCGAUUGUUCCGACCUGACAAGAACAUGCAGCGCCUGAACAAGUCAUCUGCACGGAUCGCUUUGCCCUCUUUUGACGGCGAAGCCCUCACUAAAAUGAUUGGAGAGCUCGUCAAACUCGACAGCAGAUUCAUUCCUGAUGCGCGAGGCUACUCAUUAUACCUGCGACCCACGAUGAUUGGCACCCAGAGCACUCUUGGUGUUGGACCACCAGGCUCUGCCCUUCUAUUCGUUAUUGCGAGUCCCGUGGGCCCUUACUACCCAACCGGAUUCAAGGCUAUCUCAUUGGAGGCCACAGAUUAUGCCGUGCGCGCCUGGCCUGGAGGUGUGGGAGAUAAGAAGUUGGGUGCAAACUAUGCUCCCUGUAUUGUUCCUCAGCUGGAGGCCGCUUCGCGUGGGUUCCAGCAGAACCUGUGGCUCUUCGGAGAGGAAGAGUAUGUAACAGAGGUUGGCACAAUGAACCUUUUCAUUGCGUUGCAGAACAAGGAGACUGGCAAGAAAGAAUUGGUAACUGCACCCCUUGAUGGGACAAUCCUCGAGGGUGUUACCCGAGAUUCCGUGCUAGGCCUCGCCAGAGAGAGACUCAUCCCGCAAGGGUGGGAUAUUUCCGAGCGCAAGAUCAGGAUGGCUGAGCUCGCCGAGGCUGAUAAAGAAGGAAGGCUGCUAGAAGUUUUUGGAGCAGGCACGGCAGCAAUUGUCAGCCCUGUGCGGAAUAUCAGCUACCGUGGCAAGCUGGUGAACUGCGGAUUGAAAGAGGAUGAGGAGGCCGGGGAGAUUGCUCUUCAGAUGAAGAACUGGAUCGAGGAGAUCCAGUACGGUGAUAAAGAGCACCAGUGGAGCCAUGUCUUAUAAACGGAGGUGAAGGUUGAUAUAUCGACUCGCAUAAUAUUUGAAUCUAUUGGAUCAAUUUUGUAGACAUUUUUGGCAUCAAGCACGAGUUUUAGACACUUGACCUCCACAAUUCAAUUCCAUAACCCAUCGAAGCACUACGAGCAGCACCCGCUUUGUUCGGUUUGAGUAGUUUGUUGGACCAGAUAUCUGGUUUCUAAUACUGGCCCCCAAACUAUCACUGAUGUCUCUUGGAAGGCAUAAUUCCC